AAUUUGUGCACUUUUUUAUAUUUUAUACAUGCCUUACCGAGGCGAAUUUAUACCCUGACAAAACCGCCACACUCCUCCUUUCUCUUUCUUCAAACUUCAAAAACAACUCACGUGUCACCACUUUCAUCACUCCACGUUUCCCGCCGUCUUCAACCUCAUCAUCGUCAUCCACCACCGCAACAACACCAUCAAAACCCUCCAUUCCCAUUUCAAGAAUUCAAACAAAUCUUCGAUCAUUCAUAUUUCUCGCAUAUUAAUAACAUGAUAAUGAAGCUGUACGUGUACGUAUUGGAAGGUAAAGAUUGGGCAGUUGAAGAGUCAUAUGUAAAACUCAAAGUUGGAAAGUUCAAAUCAAGAACCAGGGUUUUGAAGAACACAAGAAACCCUGUUUGGAAUGAGGAGUUUGUGUUCAGAGUUGAUUGUUUAGAUGAUGAUGAGCUUGUUGUGUCUGUGUAUGAUGGUGAUGGUGAUGAUGAAUCUAGUGGGUUGUUUAAGGUUAAUAGUUGUAGGAGUUUGGUGGGUCGGGUUCGGAUCCCUUUGUGGUCGGUUGCUGCUGAAGAGGAUCAUCAUUUGCAACCUACUUGGUUUUCGGUUCAAAGUGACGAAUCUAAUGAAUCAAUAGAGAAAGCAUGUGGUAAGAUUCUUCUUGCUCUUUCGUUACACGGGAAAAACCAAGAUAUCUCCAAUGGUAAUCAAUUCUUACAACCAAGCAUGAUCAGUGAUCAAUAUAGUGAUAUCAAACAAAGCCCGUCGCAUGAUUCUAACACCUCUAAAUCACCACGAAAGAUGAUAAAAUCCAUUACUAGACGAUUUGAGAAGCUCUUUCACAAACACAAUGAUUCAUCCGGUGUAGACGAUUCAUCUGACUUGCCAACAACCUCAUCCGACAAUGGUGAGUCAACAGAAGAACUUCCUCUCAUUACUACAUUUGAAGAUUCAAUGGAAACCAUGGAGUCAUUAGCUGACCAAAAGGAAAUGCCCGAAAAUCUACAAGGAGGGGUUCUUCUUGAUGAAACAUAUGUAGUACCUCCUAAAGAUCUCAACCAUUUCUUAUUUGCACCCGAUUCACAGUUUAUGAAAGAGUUAGCAGCAAUUCAAAGUACAACAGACGUUCAUGAGAGCCCAUGGACAUGGGAAUCCGGUCAAACGUCAUCUUUGACCCGCACCGUUACUUAUACAAAAGGUGCAACAAAAUUGGUCAAAGCUUCUAAAGUGACUGAAGACCAAACUUACAUUAAAGCAAAUGGGAAAGAUUUUGCAGUUUUUAUAAGAGUGGAUACGCCUGACGUUCCUUACGGGAGUACUUUUCAAGUUAAAUUACUGUACAAGAUAAUGCAUGGGCCCGAGAUUGGAGGAGAUGAAACUUCGCGAAUUUUAGUUUCUUGGGGGAUUGAUUUUCAUCAAAGCACAAUGAUGAAGAGUAUGAUUGAACAUGGAGCUAAGCAAGGAUUGAAGGAGAGUUUUGAGCAGUUUUCGGAGUUGCUUGGCCAAACAUUUAAACCAGUCAAUCAGUUGGCCACAUUGGACAAAAGUCAAACGCUGGCGACAUUGCAAAAUGAGCAUGAAUCUGAUUGGGAUUUAGCGGUGGGGUAUUUUUGUAACUUCACCGUGGUUUCCACUGUUUUAAUGGUUCUUUAUGCUUUUGUGCAUGUCUUACUAUGUGGGCCAAAUCAAAUUCAAGGUUUAGAGUUUAAUGGUCUUGAAUUACCGGACAGUUUUGGUGAAUUUGUCACGUGUGGGAUAAUCUUAUUCAACUUGCAACAUGUUUAUAUCAUGGCUUCACAUUUUGUCCAAGCUAGGCUGCGUAGAGGAAAUGAUCAUGGUGUCAAAGCUCAAGGUGAAGGGUGGGUACUUACUGUUGCAAUCAUUGAGGGAACCAAUUUAGCCCCAUUGGACUCUUCGGGUUUCUCGGAUCCGUAUGUAGUGUUGACAUGCAAUGGAAAGACGAGAACGAGCUCUGUCAAGCUUCAAACACUUGAUCCUCAGUGGAAUGAGGUACUCGAGUUUGAUGCUGCAGAAGAACCCCCAUCACUCUUGGACGUUGAAGUUUUCGACUUUGAUGGCCCAUUUGGUCAAGCAGCUUCACUUGGGCACGCAGAGAUUAGAUUCUUAAGACACACGACAGAGGAAUUAGCAGACAUGUGGGUCCCGCUUGAAGGAAGACUUGCAAAGUCUUUACAGUCUAAGUUGCAUUUAAGAAUUUUCUUGGAUAAUAAUAAUGGAGUCGAAACAAUCAAAGAAUACAUGACAAAAGUCGAGAAAGAAGCUGGGAAAAAGAUCAAUGUGAGAUCGCCUCAUAGGAACUCGACUUUUCAGAAGCUUUUUAGCUUGCCACCCGAGGAAUUUCUAGUUAGUGAUUUCUCGUGUUCUCUCAAAAGAAAACUGCCCCUUCAGGGCCGACUGUAUGUAUCUUCAAGAAUUGUUGGAUUUUACGCGAACUUAUUUGGGCACAAAACAAAAUUUUCAUUCUUAUGGGAAGACGUUGAAGACAUUCAUUCCCUUCCCCCGACACUGGCAUCAGUGGGGAGCCCGAUACUUGUGAUGGUUCUGCUUAAAGGUCGAGGCGUAGACGCUAGGCAUGGUGCCAAGUCUCAAGACGAAAAGGGCCGACUGUGUUUUUACUUCCAUUCUUUCGUGUCAUUUAGUUCAGCUAGACGGACGAUAAUGGCAUUAUGGAGAACAAGAUCAUCAAGCCCAGAUCCGAAAACCGACGUCUUUGAGGAUACAACCGUCACGUCACAAGAUCAUCAACAUCAAGAAAAAGAUGAGAAGUGUUUAUGUGAAGACGUUACUUCUCAUUUGGUCGUUGGAGAUGCAAAAAUGACCAAGAUCUAUUCGGAAGAACUUCCGAUUAGUUUGGAGUCAAUUAUGGAAAUCUUUAAAGGAGGAGACUUGGAGCACAAAGUUAUGGGAAAGUUGUGGUGUUUGAAUUACAACACAACCCCGUGGGAACCCGUUACAGGUCAUUCUGAUAUGCUUGAAAGGCGUUUAUGUUGGAAGUUUAACAGAAGGGUGUCGAGUUUUGGCGGUGAUGUCACGUGCACGCAACAAAAGUUGCCGAUUGUUGACGGGAAAGGGUGGACCAUAACCGAGGCUAUGGCUCUCCAUGAUGUGCCAUUUGGCGAUCAUUUUUAUGUUCAGGUCAAGUAUGAAAUGGUUGAUCGGAAACCAGGGUGGUGCGCGUGUGAUGUCUUCAUUGGGGUGGUGUGGCUCAAAAGUUGUAAAUUUGAGCAACGAAUAACUCGAAACGUGGUUGUAAAGUUUGGUGAUCGAGUACGGGAGCUGUUCGAGUUGGUUGAAAGAGAAGUUCUAUUGGCAGUUGAUGGUCGUAGUUGAUGAUAUCGUUACAAAAGAUUGCAUCUUCUUGUAGCUUACGUCUUCUUUUUGUUUUGAAAUGUAAAGGCUGUUGCAACAUUAAGGGGUUCAUUGAGAAUAUUCAUUUUUUUAAUGUGUAAUGUCUUCUGAUAAUAUACUUGCAUCCAAGAUUUAAAAAUUAGUAGUGUACCUAUCA